UGGCAAAUGAUAUUAAAAUAGCGAGACCACUUUACGUGUGGUUUGGACUUUAUUUUUGCUUCCUCCUUGUGAAGUGCAGCCAUUUCCAUAGCUUAAGAGCUUAUAAUGUUUUGAUAAAAAACAAAUAUGUUCAAUCCACGUAUAGACACAGAUAUUAAUGAGACACAUGACAGGUUUAUAGGUACCUUAACCUUAGGAGUAAACAUAUACACAUUUUGAUUCCCUUCCGCACCAACUUCCACUCUUAGAAGCAGAAACUUGUUUUUGGGCUUUCUAUUUGACCUCGAUGCUUAUCCAUUCCGCCGUGCAAUCUAGGCGCAUUUGAUGCAUAUUAUGAUGCGUGGUUAUUCAGCAAAGACUGAGACACGACAUUACUCUUAUUGACUGUAUAGCGUGAGAGUAAGAUUCUGUGUCUUUAACGAGAUGCAGCAGUUUCUGGAGGAUACAGACACUACUGUCCCGAGUUAUUGGUUGAACUGGAGGGUGUUUAUGUGUUCGCUACUACUCGUGUUGUCUGUGUUUAUUGCGUUCGUUCUAUUAUGGAAAUACGAAUAUUCAGCCGAUGAGGAUGAUGAUUCUACAGCUGAUAGUAAGGCGGAAUGUUGGCAUUUAUGGUUUAAUGAAGCUUGGAGGCCAUGUGCAAAAGAAGUAAACCCGAUUUGGUUGAUGGCAUUCAGAUUAGUUUCUUUCUCUUUACUUGUAUCAGCAGUGACUUCUAACUUUGUUGUUUAUGGGAGCAGCUUAUUUUUCUAUUAUACUCAGUGGACUUUUAAUUUGGUUACCAUUUACUUUGGGUUUGGAUCACUGCUUUCUAUAUAUGGAUGCUAUCAGUAUAGCAAAGAAAGCGAUGAUUUUAUUGAUCAUUCGUGGAUGGAUGAGAAGCAAGGAUUAGAUACGCCUCUUAUAGCAGGCCCGGGAUUUUCAGAUGGAAUCAAAAGACAAUUUGUUCCAAAAAGUGCAGGACUGUGUGGCUAUCUUUUUCAAGUUCUCUUCCAGAUGACAGCCGGGGCUGUGAUGCUUACAGAUCUGGUUUAUUGGUUCUUGAUUUUUCCUGCUCUGGAUGAUCAUGGCGUGUCGUUUAUGACAGUGGUUUCACAUACACUUAAUACCUUGUUUCUUGGUGAUGCAGCACUGAAUUCCUUGCCAUUGCCAUGGUUCAGGAUUGCUUAUUUUAUUUUCUGGACUGUUGCUUAUGUCAUAUUCCAGUGGGUUGUUCAUGCCUGUGAAUCAAUUUGGUGGCCAUACCCAAUUCUUGACUUAUCAUCAGCAUAUGCCCCACUCUGGUACUUGUUGGUGGCAAUGAUGCAUAUCCCCUGCUAUGGUUUUGUUGCGAUGCUUAUUGGGGUGAAGAAAAUUGUAUUGUCCAGAUGGUUCCCCAGCCAUGUUGCCUUUUCUGAUAAAAUCCAAAGCUCAUGUCACUCACCUUGUUGAAUAUAAUGUAUUUCUUGUGUACUUUUCAGCUGUCUUCUUGAAAUCUCAUAGGAAGAAAGUGUGCCUGCGUUUUUUUUAGAAAAAAAAAAAAAAAAAAAAAAGUGACGGCAUAGUUUUUUGUACAAGUAUUUGCAAAAUUCAAUAAUAUCAGUUAUUUUU